AUGAAAGCGCCGCACGCCGCGGGGCUGCUGGUAGCCGCGGUCCUCCCGGGCCUCGCGGCCGGCGGCGCCCUCCCGCCGGACAGCAUACCGCUGCGGUGCGCGACGAUUUGCGGGCCGAUGGUCGAGCUGACGGCGCUGUGCAACGUGCCGCAUCGCAGGCUGGCAAAGAGGCGGCGGGUCGACUACCUGCCGAAGCAUCAGACGACAGCGGCUGCGUCGCCCACGGCAGCACAGGAGAAGGGCUCGAGCGAUGCAGGUGAGGGGAAUGGUGACGGUGAGGAUGACGGCAGUGGUAACGGCGAGCUGGAGAAGAGGUCCUUUGUGACGCUCGUGGCGCCGCCGACGUCUCUCCCGGCUGGGUUCGCGGUGUCGACGCCGGACGGCCCGGCGCUGUCGUCGACGAUGUCAGAAGUCUGGACCGUCCAGCAGGAGGUCUCGCCGCGAGUAUCGAGAGUCACGCCCGUCAUUGUCGUACCCAGCGCAACGACGACGACGCAACCAGACCAACGCGCCACCAGAACCCCCGACGUGCCCCCUCCAGCGACGAGUUCCUCCUCCCCCGUGCCAGCACCACCCAUCAGCACGACGGGGCUCGCCCUGGGCGCCAACGGGCCGCAGGGCACGACGAUGAACCCGCCCGUGCCGUCGACCGUCGCCAGCAGCAGCACCGCAGCGGCGCCGAGCCACGCCCUGCCCGAGAAUGGCGGUGGCACUACAGAGAUGCAGCCGACGCCGUCGACGACGAUGACGAGCGUGGGUGGUGCGGCGACUACGAACCCGGGUAACAAGAUGGGCAUGGAGCAGGACGGGGCUGGGGAUGGAGACGGCGACGGCGAUGGGGAUGAGGAUGGCUUGAGCCCCGAGGAGGAGUGCGUGUGCAAGAAUCGCAGCUUCGACGUGCCGCAGGUGGCAGGGCUGUGCGCCGACUGCAUCAUGCAGGGCGGCGACAUGCAAAACAACAUGAACCUCAUCAUGAAGACGUGCGACUUCCCCACCGUGGGCUACACGCCGGCGAGGGACAGCAUCGCCGUAAACGUAAACGUCAAGGCGAGCCGGCCGGCCGGCGGUGCGGGGCUGCGUGUUGAAGCCGCUGCCGGGCCUGCGGUUGUGGCUGCGGUGGUAGCUCUUGCUAUGGGCGCGGCGGUAUUUCCCUGA